UCGACGCGACCGUCUUGCAAGACUCUGCUUCAUUUACACUGGUAUUGAACCACGACUAACAAGAAACAUGGCAACUCCAGAUGUCGAACAAGUGGAUAAUGCCGCGAGGGAUAUGGUGAGGGCGGCUAGAAAGGAUGACAGUUUACGCCUUCUCACUCUGCGAAUUGUUCGCGAGAAGCUAGAAACGAAAUUCGCGCUAGAGAAGGGAACAUUGGAUAAACAGCCAUUUAAGGGUGUUGUCAAAGAGGCUGUCCAAGAUGAAGUGAAUUCUCAUCAGCAGACACACGAGGAAGGAGACAAAGCUGAAGAAGAGGAUCUUAGCGUUGACCAGCCCGGACCAUCCGAACAGGAUAAAACUCAUGUCGCAAAGGCAAAACCGAAACGAAAACCGCGGUCCAAAGUUGCAGAAGAGAAGUCAAUACACGUCUCUGAGGAACAGAAAGGUACUUCUAGAGGUGGCGCGAAGAAAAAGUUGGCAAAAGCGUCGUCAAUAGUUGAUUCUUCGGAAGAUGAAGAAGAUUUCGAGGGAAAAACUAAAUCAUCCCAACCUUCUAUGCAUAAAGUCUCCAAGUCACCCCUGAAAGUUCCCGUCAAGGCGGACCAGUUGGACGGUAAAAAGGUUAAAGCGAAACCCAAGCGGCAGCCCAAGAAGAUAGCCCCUGUAGCUGAUUCUGAAAAUGAUGACAACCCUUCGCCUUCUAAUGCACGACUGUCUGGAGCUGAUUCACAGGAUGUGGGUUCAAACCCGAAGGCUCCAGCGAAACCUUCCUCUGGGGAAAAGGAUACUACGACUGGGGAUGGAGAGGCGAGCGAAUCCGAACGUUCUAUUAUCAUUGACGAAACCCCCAAGAAACGUAAAAGAAAGAUUAAGGAACCUGAUGAAAGCCAAAAGCAACCCAAAGAAAAGAAGCAGAAGAAAGGAGCUGUUCAACUUUCGAAAGACGAAGAAACUGUUAAGCGAUUAAAGGCAAUUGUCUAUGCGUGUGGUGUGCGCAAGGUCUGGUCCAAGGAAUUCCAGAAUAUUGAUAAACCCUCGCAACAAAUCAAGAAAAUCAAGGACGUCAUCGCUGAAUUAGGGAUGAAUGGACGACCAACUCUUGAAAAGGCUAAGGCCAUCAAAGCAAAACGAGAACUGGCGAAAGAACUAGAAGAUGUACGUGCCUUUGGAGAAGCUCAUGCCAGUCAGUCAGAAAAAAAUCGAAGUAAACAAGGAUCAACUGCACUGGCUUCCUCGGUGGAAGCUGAAGGUGCAAGUGAUAAUGAUUCCAUUAACGAAGAAGUUCCACCGAGAAAAAAGAAGACGGCCUGGCAAAGUAUAUCGGCGUUCUUAGAUGACCAGAGCGAUGAAGAGUAACGAUGCCCGUUGAUUGACAAGACUAGUUUCUUGAAAUCUAUGUAGAAUUUUGUGGGGUAUACAAUUUUUCUGUGCAUUGUCUUCAAAAAGAGCAGAACGUCGCAAUGCUUUAACACGCUAAUCAUGUAUAUCAUGUAAAAUAUAAUAGGUUUGAUCAUCA